CAAAAAACAAUGGCUAGCUCUUCAUCCCUCGAAGUUUGUAUCUAUUGCUCUGAAGGAUUUCCUCCUGCUCUCUCUUCCUCUGCUCGACUGAUAGGGCCAGAGGAAAGAGUGAUAUCAACGUCUCCCGAGUCUUCUACCUCUUUAAAUGACGCCAUUUUAAAACACCACCAAGGCAAAGAGAUCAUUCUAAAGACCUCAUCUCCUCUCUCUUUCUCCACCAGUCAUGUGACCCUACUCUCAGUCGAAGGCAUGACGUGUCAAUCUUGUGUUAAACUCAUUCAGAAUACUCUCCCAGGUCAACCAGGUGUAUCUGGAGCUAUUGUCUGCCUUCAUCACAAAGAAGCUUUUGUCGAAUUUGAUUCCACUCAAACCACUCCCAAUGAUAUUGCCAAAGCUGUAUACGACAUGGGGUUUGAUGCUGAAGUGAAAUGGUCACACCCACAACGUCCCCCUUCCCCUCUUUCUCCUAUUCCCCCUCAAUCUCCUCCCUCUUCUCCCCCGGCCAUUUUAGAACCAAACGUACUAGAGCCGAACAUAGUCAUAGACGAUGGACGCGUUUCAUUCUCUCCCUCAGACGAAGAACCGAUCAAACUCGUUUACAUAAGGAUUAAAGGGAUGUCUUGUAAUUCCUGCGUUUCUAAUAUCACAGCUGCUCUCACCUCUCACAUAGGCGUGGUCAGUGCCCACGUCUCACUCUCUGAUGAAGAAGCCACGGUCCAGUACAACAGUAAACUGGUGGCCGUUGACGACCUCAGGCAAGUGAUAGAGGGACUCAACUCGAAAUUUAAAGUGACAGACAUGCCCGAGGGAAGAGUGGGCGGGGCUAGUUACUAUGACAGCAAAGUACCGCAAAGAAAGAAAGCAAAAAGAAAAGAGAAUGAGAUUGUCAUAUUAAGCGACAGCAGCCUCCCUCCUUACAGAGACCAUGCCUCUGGACACGCCCUAAAGAGAGCCUCCAGUCCAGAGUCUAAGAAAGCCCAGUACAAGGUCACUGGAAUGACCUGUUCUUCAUGUGUCAGCAAAAUUGAACGGAACUUGGCAAGCAAGCCUGGUGUAUACUCAGCAACAGUUGCUCUGUUGGCUGAAAAGGCAGAUGUCUCGUAUGAUCCGAAUGUGACCGAUCCUGAUAAGAUAUCGUCAGCUAUACUUGGUCUGGGAUACAACGCACAGUUACUCUCCCAGGGGGAGGGGCUUGAAUCUGGUACUGUUGAUCUUGAGGUAAAU